AUGGCGACAACAAAACCUCCUUGGAGCCAAUAUGAAGGGGUUGCUGCUAUGUUUAAGAUUGGGAACAGCAAGGAACUUCCGGCGAUUCCAGAUCAUCUAUCAGAAGAUGGAAAAGAUUUUGUCAGGCUUUGUUUGCAAAGGAAUCCUCAAAAUCGUCCCUCAGCUGCUCAACUUCUAGAGCAUUCAUUUGUUAAAAAUGCUACGCUCGAAAGAUCCAUUUUAACUGCUGUUCCUUCAGAAGAUCCAACUGCUAUAAUAAAUGCAGUGAGAUCUCUGGCCAUUGGAUCUGCAAAACGUAAUUCAUGCUUAGACUCGGAAGUGGCUGGGAUCUAUCCACCUAGAAACUUGAGAGCUGGUUCUGGAUCAAGUGAUUCUCAUCCACCAAGGAACAUCUCUUGUCCCAUUUCUCCGUCUUUGCCUUAUAAAUCAUUGCAUACAAGUGGAAGGAUUUCUCCUCCAAUAUCUAGCCCUCAUACUGCAUCUGGUUCAUCUUCGCCACUAACCAGUGGCGGCGGAGCUGUUCCGUAUCAUCAGACAAAGCAAUCAAUACUCUCACAUGAAGUUUCGGGUAUGAUCCAAAAGUCCCUGAAUGGUGCUAUUCUAAUGUCUGGCCCUCGUACUACAUCUGGCACAUGUUCGCCACUAACCAGCGGUGGCGGUGCUAUUCCAUUUCAUCAGAUAAAGCAACCAUUAUUCUCACAUGAAGUUUCGGGUAUAAUCCAAAAGUCUCAGAAUGGUUGUCUUCCAAUAUCGAGCCCUCAUACUGCUUCUGGCUCAUCUUCGCCACUAACCAGCGGGGGCGGUGCUAUUCCGUUUCAUCAGACCAAGCAACCUCUAUUCUCAAACGAAGUUGCGGGCAUGAUUCAAAAGUCUCAGACUAGUGCCAUUCCGAUAUCUAGCCCUCGUACUGCGUCUGGCUCCUCGUCGCCACUAACCAGUGGUGGCGGGGCUAUUCCAUUUCAUCAGACAAAGCCACCAGUAUUCUCAAAUGAACUUGUGGGUAUGAUCCAGAAGUCUCUGAAUGGUGCUAUCCCAAUAGCUAGUCCUUGUUCUGCAUCUGGCUCGUCUUCGCCGCUAACCAGUGGUGGCAGUGCUGUUCCAGUUCAUCAGACAAAGCAAUCACAACUCUCAUAUGAAGUUUUUGGUAUGAUCCAAACGCCUCAACAUGGUUUUUAUUCCAAUGGAAAUAUCCCUUAUCAGGGUUCUAAGCAUGUCCAGUCUGGGAGAAACAUGCAAACCACACAUGCUUGCCGGGAUAUAAGUUCAUCUGAAAAUAACCAAUCUAGGAGGGCUGUUCAGGGAGACCCAAUAGAAUUUCGUGAUGGGAAGUCAUACUUGGCUGAUUGUGUGUCACAGCAGCUGUUGAGGGAUUAUGUACGGCUACAUGCAUGCCUGGAUGUUAAGCCCAAUGCCGCCAAUCCUGAUCGCACUAACGGCUAA